AUGGAACACGGGCGGCAGACUAGAAGCCUGUCCCUGGACUCACCAGAUGACAGCCCCGUGAGUCCACUCACCUACGAAGUACUCCCCGAAGACCCCGACCUCAUCGCGACGAGCCCUUACUCCUUCUCCCCCAGCGACAGCCUCACGGACUACGAGUUUGACGAGCACAGCGAACAGUCCCUGGCUGAUUGCAUGUGCCCGCCCGGCCGCAUGAACUGGGACGCCGUGGUCGACCUCCCGCUGUAUCUCAAAGUCUGGGCCGCGAAGGGCCUGACGGCCUGCGAGAUCGGACAGAGCCUGCACCGGUACAUGUACGGGCAGGACGCGACGCUGUCGAACCUGGUCACCACCAUGGUGGACGCCGGGAAGCCGUACUUCGAGAUCGGCAACGCGGUGCUCCGGAACCUGCACCUGCGCACUGAGGACGGCCUCCCGCUUUGGGAGGAAAUUGCGGACGGGGACCGCUCGCUCACGGCGAUGCCGGAGCUAUGGAGGCUGUCGCCGGAUCAGUUGGCGGCGUUUGCGGAUUCCACUGCUGGGUUUUCGGUCGAGAAUACGGCUGCUGAUUCUAGUGGUCUGAGGCUCUUGAUAUGUCCGCAGCCUAAGCGGGUUCAGAUUGUUGAGCCCGCGGUGCUGAUUCGGUCCCGGCAAGCGAGUAUCUGCGAGGCCUCUGGUGGGGAGUAA